AGCCUUGGCCCAUCAUGUAAGUGCUGCGGAGAAUUCUUUGCAGUGCAAUUGCAAAAUUACCUGAUUUCCCGACGCCUGUGCAUUCGUCCCGGCGCCCUGUGCACGGACGCGCACGCUUCGGACGCGAAAAGGCUCCAAGUGCAUGAAGAUCGAGGCUUGUAUUUUUGCAUCUUUGUUGCAGAAAGCGAGCCGCUGAAGCUCCAGUGCGAGGGCGAUGGAGGGAGGGAGUGAGAAAGAAGGCAAAGUCUUUUGUGCUUCCCCUCCCCCUCAUCAAAGCAAAGGGGAAAUGUCUCAGCCAAAGGGAGGUAAGAGGAAGCGGGUGCUCAAGCUCCCCAAGGAGGCGUUUGAGCAGGCUACUCCUGCCUCAGUACCUCCCAGAGAUUUGGAUUCAAAAGCUUGUGUAACUAUCGGAGAGAAGAAUUUUGAGGUGAAGGCAGAUGACCUGGAGCAGAUCUGCGAGCUCGGGAGAGGAGCGUACGGCGUGGUGGACAAGAUGAGACACGUGCCCAGUGGUCUGAUCAUGGCUGUUAAGCGGAUUCGGGCUACAGUGAACACUCAGGAGCAGAAGAGGCUGCUCAUGGAUCUGGACAUCUCCAUGAGGACGGUGGACUGCUUUUACACAGUCACCUUCUACGGAGCACUGUUCAGAGAGGGUGAUGUCUGGAUCUGCAUGGAGCUGAUGGACACCUCCCUCGACAAGUUCUACAAGCAGGUGAUCGAGAAAGGCCUGACCAUCCCCGAGGACAUCCUGGGAAAGAUCGCUGUCUCAAUAGUAAAAGCUCUGGAGCAUCUCCACAGCAAUCUGCAAGUCAUACACAGAGAUGUGAAGCCCUCUAACGUCCUGAUCAACACUCAGGGUCAGGUGAAGAUGUGUGACUUUGGUAUCAGCGGGUACUUGGUGGACUCUGUGGCUAAAACCAUGGAUGCUGGCUGCAAACCCUACAUGGCACCGGAGAGGAUCAAUCCUGAGACGAACCAGAAAGGCUACAAUGUGAAGUCGGACAUCUGGAGUUUAGGAAUCACAAUGAUCGAGCUCGCCAUUCUGCGCUUCCCGUACGACUCAUGGGGGACACCUUUCCAGCAGCUGAAGCAGGUGGUGGAAGAACCUUCGCCCCAGCUUCCUGCCGACCAGUUCUCCCCAGAGUUUGUGGACUUCACCUCUCAGUGCUUAAAGAAAGUUUCCAAAGAGCGGCCGACUUACACAGAACUCAUGCAACAUCUCUUCUUCACCUCCCAUGAGGCCAAAGAAACCGACGUGGCUAGCUUUGUGAAAGUCAUCUUAGGAGACUGAGUGCACGGGAGGGAGGGGGGAUCUGUUAAAAAGAGGAAAAAAAAUCCAAGAAAAAGCACCAAUCGCAGCCCCCCCACCCCACCCCGUUUACCUGCAGGACUCCCUUUCACCCCUCCCUCCAGUGGCAGACAAACAGAGCCCAGAGGAGCCGCUGACGACGCAGAACGAGGAGUCUGUCCCCGCCCCCACCUGGCCUCAGCACCCUCUGUACAUCACCUGGCACGGUGGGAGGAGCGGAGGAGACGGGAGCCUCACACAAAAUCUGGAGUAAUUUAUGAUGUCUGUAUGCAAAACCUCCCUCUUUGAUUCGAUUUGCCCCACCUCUGAGCUCCUCCUCCAGCAUUGCUGUUAGUCAGCGAGCUGACUCUGUGGCCUCCAAAGGUCGAGUUAUAUUUUCUUUUUGCUGAAAAGCAGAAAUAAGAAGAUGUGCAGAUUAUAUAAAAAAAAAGAAGAAUGAUAUAAUCUAUCUGUGUGUAAUCUAAAUGUUUGCAUACUCAAAGCAAGUGUUGCAUAAGAUUAUUAAUUGACUGCAUGUACAGAAUAUCUCUCUGGAUAAAAACAUGCUCAUGUGGCCAGUGAGGAACAGUUGGAGAGUCCGAAUGUUGACUUCGGGGGCUCCCCCUCGUGGUCACAAAGAGGUACUGCACUUACACUGCUUUCCCCUGAUUACAGUGGAGGUCAACUACACGUUUUGGGCUCUUGGCUGCCUGUGAGUGUGCUUGUGUGUGUGAGCUGGUGCAUGAUAUAUGUGUGGGCAUGUUCACAGGGCUGCACGGCUCCGGACGCAGGUAGAAAUACAGUUUUGGUGCUCUGCAACAUUUUUGUAAGGAUUUUUCUCCUCUGCAGUCUCACUGUGCCUGUGAGAGCUCGACGGGCGGCUGUGCCGUAGCUGCGGCCGACCGCACCGCUACAUCAAAUCAAACACGGGGAUCUGCUCGUCGUGAUCAAAUAUGGCAAAUGUCCUAAAGAGCUUUAUUUUAAAAGUAGUUGGGCAGGUUUUGUCAAAGAAUGGGUUCAUGCACGGAUUUCUUUGAUUCUGAUUCAGUGUUUUUGCUAUUUUGUCAUUACUCAACUAGCUCCUUUCAAACUAGACAUAAACCCAGCUUGGCCGGACAUUUCACCAUCUGUCUGAGGAGACCUUCCAUGCUCAGAAGGUCUACUCGGCUCUAGUCUGGUACAAGCAUAGACUGUAUAUUAAAGAUGGACAUAACUACUGCGCUACCACCCACUGGUUCUGGACUUUUAAAGCCUCAGCAUUACUGUUUUGGCUGCAGCUGUAUUCGCUUUUUGGAGUUAAAGUUAUGAAUGGAUUAUAGUUUAACUCAAACUUCAUGUGCCCGGUGCAUCCAUUAGCUGUGCAAGUGCAACACACAGAUGCAGAUACCUGCUUCUUCGUGCUAAGUGACAGACUAAUAAAACAGAACUUUACUUCCCAGAACUGAAGCAGAGACUUCUGUACCGCAGAGCAAAGCCAUGUUAUUUGUCAGAUAAUUCAAUUCAAUAAAAAUGCUCCAAAAGGAACCAGGAGCACACACACACAGUGAAGAGGUCCAGUUCAGUGACUCCAACUAGUAAAUGAAGAGGGUAGCUAUCCAUAGAUAUCAAAAUACUUUCUUUUACAAGGCUUUAAAACAUGUUUCUUUCUGCUGUGAAUCCUUUUUAUCACUGUAGUCUGUGGGAACUGCCUUGCUUUUUUAAAGUGAGUCACUAGAGGAAAUGCAACCCAGAGCUUUUUGCUUUCUACAUGUGGAAACCAGCUAGUGGACAAUUUCCUCAUGGAACAGUGAGAAAUGAGCGUGGUGUCUGUGAUCACGCUCACAGACACCACGCUCUUGAAGCUCAGGAUCUUUUCCUCUGUUGGUUAUCGCUUUGAGCUCGACAAUCACACCGCAACACGCUCAGUCCAAACGGCGCCUAUUUUUGAUCUGCUGGAUGAGAUUCGUUGUCGUUGCUUCAUGUGCGAAGAGUGAAAAGCUGAAUUUUAAAGUUUACAUAAUGCCUCCUCAUGUUCUCACGCUCAGCCGAUUUGGAAAGUUCCAGCAAUGAUUUCACACUGAGGGUGUUUCAGACCCUGCCGAGCGCUCCAGCGGCGCUCUGUCUCUCUCACAGACACAGUGUGAUCAUUCCUGAAGCUGAUGAAUCGUUCCUGCGUGCAGAUGACACCGCAGAGGUACGAGAGGAAGCUGGAGUUGUGUCGCAGCCGUGCAGCCUCGUGUUGCUCACACACAUUUGAAAUGGUGCGUGUGUGUGUGUGGAGUUUUUCUCCCCGUUGUCUGUACUGAGCCAAUCACAACCCUCUCCACUCCACGUUUACCAUGAAAAGAACUGGAUACUAUUGCUAUUAUUGUUAUUAUUAAUAUUAAUUAUUGUUAUUAUUUAGAUCCAGGGUUUUUCUCCCCCUUCCACAUAUUUACUGCAGUUUCUCUUAUUUAUUAUAACUGCUGUUUUCCCUUUGGAAACUUGACCGAUCCAUUAGAGAUUUUUCUCGUGUUUGUGUGAGCUGUGUGUUAAUUUUUUUUUUUUCUUUCUUUUUUUGUCGUGUUCUUCUUGGCUCAAACACGUAAAUGCUUUUAAUCUGUAACUUGCAAGCCUUCUAUGUGCCUCUUUAUAGAAACCGACUAAGGAAAAUAAUACGUUGUUAUUAAGAAUGAUGCAGGGACCCGCUCUCUCCCUCCUCACACGCUGCAUGGCAUCGUGAUUCCACUUUGUGCUUGUUUUUGUCACUUUGUGUUUCUUGUUGUACUGUAGCUGAUGCUCGAUUGUCUCUUCUUCUUGUUUUUUUUUUCUGGACAUUUGUAUUCGUCUGUUCAUUGCCGUGCUUCUUGGCUUCUUUCUCACGCUGAUUUCUGAGGGCAGGAAGCGUGGAGGCCCAGCUGAUGCCUUUGGAAGUUAUGGAAGAACGACUCUAAUGUCAAAAUGGGAAACUUGAAAUGAUUUCUGUGGCUGAGCGGCAAGGCUUUGUCAUAGUUUGAGGAUUUACAUCAUCUUCAUGCCUUUUAAAUAUCAUAUUGCUGAGUUAUCAUGUGAUUUUUUUUUUUUUCAUUCUAAUUUUGACCUUAAAGGGUGUCAAAAUGGCUUAAAGGCUCAAUCUGUGAUUUAAACAUGAAUCAAACAUUGCCAUGCUUACAGUAUAAACCUGUAAAAUACGUGUUGCUAAAUUGAAAUUGUGAAUAUUUGAAGAAUAUUCCACCUUAUAAAACCACAAACCCUGAAACUACACCUGCACCUGUCGGGAAAUCCUUCAGCUGAUUUUGUUCUCAGUUACACUCAAACUCUGGACAUCAGCAACAUCAUUAUCAGCAAUUUAUUAUUAACUUUUGGGCCAUUUGGGCAGCAGAAUGGCCCAAAAGUGCAUCAUACCAUACAUAUCAUUAACAUUUAUGAUCUUAUAAACUUAUAAACAUAUUUGCUCGUUUCUCUUCACGGCUUUGAUGUGACAUUCAUGUUCAUUCAUGUUUUACUGAAGACGUGCUUGAUUCAGCUGUUGAGGUUGCCCUGAACCCCUAACGGGUCAUCAAAAAAAGGCUUUUUCCUGCUAACGCACUCCCCCAGUGGUGGUCUAAUUUCUCUGUUAAUAUCAGAUAUCAGAUGGAGAAUGGACUGCUGGGAAACCUUCCUGAAUCAGACUUGCAAACCUGACCCAAACAAACCCGAACGUAAUCGGACCUGAGCGAGAGAAAACGCCAAUUAACAAACAGCUUUGACGGGCAGCAAAUAAUUCUGCUCCCAAUUCUUCAGCUUUCCGUUUCAGUCUGAUGCCUGAAACACACCUUAAAAAACUUCCUGCCACCAGGAUCGUGCUGUCCAUGCACAGGUCUAUUUAGGUUUCAGAUACUGAAACACAAGCAUGAGACCUGUAAACAUGAGACCCCCCCCCCGAAUCUGAUUGAGGCUGACUUAGGACCCAGUUGGACUCAGUUCCUCAUUGUGUAGAGGCUUCAAACUUACAGGAAAUGUAGUUGUAAUAAACAAACCUGCCUGGUGCUGGGCCUUUAACCGACUGCACAGAGCUCCCCCACCCCAGUGUUCAUUACAUUCACUUACAUAUCCUACCGAGCAGAAACACAUCAAAGGCAUCUCUGCCAAACGUCUGAAUAGUGCUGAGGUUUGGUUGAAAAGUGAGAGGACACUUUUCCUCCUCAACACUUCUGCAAACAGCUACGCCUGCAGCGCUAACCACUGCAGCAGCAUGCAACACCAGAAGCUCGUAAAAUACACUCACCGUGCAACACACAGUGAUGCAGAGCCCCGUGAGAUCUGUGUGGUUGUCUCAUCAAAAUCAUUUCACUACCAAAUGAGCAACAGAAACAGUGGCAUUAAUUAGACUCCCCACUUUUGGAUCAAACUGAACUCAAUUAUGGCCUUAACAGCUCCACGGACCUCAGAUCAGCAGUGAGCAGGCAAGAAUUCAUGGUCAUCAUUCAUGAAUUAGCCUGAAAAAAAAAAAAAGAAUUUUCACCUUUUACUUUUCAACCAGCACAUUUUUAAGACCGACCAUGUUUGCCCCAAAAAAGUGAUCAGUGGGCAUCUGGUGUGUGGGGUUGUAUAUGCUUGCUGUUGUUUUGCCAGCUUUCAAAAGUCCAGUACAGUCCGCCCUGUCAUGUUAUCAGGGAAGUUUCCUGUUUUGAUGCGGAGUGAAAACCUUCCUUUCACCCCAUAACCUGCUCCCUGUUGGGCUCGAGUCCCACAGCCUUUGGCUUCCAUAAUUCCUUGAAGUGCGCACCCGCACAAAGCUUCCCUCUUUUUCUUUAUUAAACUGCCACCUUCCUCUGUUGGUUCCUCCUGUCAUGAUUCCCAAACAUCUCUCUGUAGGGUGGAUGAUGCACUUUUACUCCUACACCUCAUUUUGCAACUUUACCAACUCUUCUCUGUAGUGAAGCUGAGGAUUAGUGGCAGAGAGAGGACAUUAAGGGCUUCCUCAUUAGCGCAUCUCCGUACCGAAGAUGGAAACAUGAAAAUUACUAAAUUCAAGUCAUACUUUUUUUAAAGCAGAGUGAAAUUAUCUAUCACGGGUCGAGCCUCGAGAAUUUUUUUUUUUUUUUUUUUCCCCAUCAAGAUAAUCAUAAUUUUCACUAAUUUAGCAAAUGUGACCAAAGAGCUGGAGCCAGGCUCAGGGGAUGGGAAACGGUGUCGGACUUAUUAUCACAUGCAUGGUCUCAUAGCAGUGGGUUAGGUUUGCAUAGAGCUCGUAGGUGUUUUAAGUGCCUAACAAUACAUUUCUGUGGUGUGCAUUUACAUUGAAACACUUCUGUCUCCGUGAAUGAUGCUUAAACACUGUUUUGGUCCUUCACUUCCUGUCCUGGACCCACUGACACUGCAGUUUGCUGUGAUGUUUUGCACUGUACUGAGGAGUCAUAUCACAUUGUCACAUUAUGAGUGUGUUACUGUAAGGAAUUAGUCAUUCAGUCGCUGAAAGGUUGCAGUCUAUGUGGUCAUUAUUCAGCUUUGUUUUUGAGCGAGUUUGGAGUUAGAAGGUUUUAUUUAAUUGAAAUUGUGAUACUGUAAAUUCUCAAAUAAUACCAAGAUUUUCUCCAACUGGUCAGUUUGUGUUUGCUGCUGUUUGCACUCAUGAAUCACAUUUAGUCCGUACAGUCCCUGCGCGGUCUCUGUCAUAAAGGGUAAAGGGUGACACUCACCCUGUGCUUCUGAGAAAUGCACAAAGGACAAAACACAGACCUGUUACACAUUCUGAUAGGUUAGCAUUGGGGUUCUUAGACCUCAGAUGGUUAGCUUAGAGAAAAGGCUUUUAUUGUGAAAAGCCUUUCCUGAAUGCCAGUGAUUGCUUGUUUUCAAAAUGUUAUUGAAAAUUUCACGCUCCUGUUACUGGCUGGAAGUCUAGGGAUUCUUGCCAGUAAAUGUAAAUCAGUGGAAACGUUUAGUGUUACCAUAUAAAGAGAAUCAAUGCAAAAUCGUUGCUGUGCAGUUUGAUUGGUGAUCAGAGGUACUCGUUCUCUGCAGGCUCCAAGCUUCUGCAGACUUUCCCAGCUGGAGCUUUAUGCAAGGAUGCAAAUGUACCACUCAAGUGACAGAGUGGAGUCAUUUAUGACCCUGUUAUAGUUUUACACAGUGACACUUUUUUAAUUGCUCUAAUUGUUUUUAUCAUACCUGUGCUCUUUCCUUUAUGACAAUGUUUAAAUGUCAUUAAGUAUGGCGUUAGACAUUUUUUUCUUUUUUUUGAUGCAUAAAGUAGACACUUUAGUCAUUUUCUCUGUGACUUAUGGCCUCAGGUAUUUUCCUCAAGGCUUCUGCAGCAGGAAAUCAUGCUGCUCUCAUCCCAUUAGCAGUGAUUCGCUGCAAACUUCACAAUGUAGUCAUUUAAAGUGUAAAAUUACAAUCAAAUCAAAUAUGAUUUAAAGCAAACAAAAUGACACGCUUUCAGGAUCAUAAAUGGCUCCAUACACCUUUUCAUUUUUCUUGCCCUACAAAUGGGCCAGUUCCUCUAAAAGAAAGAGACAGUUGUAGGAGAAGUAGAUUAAAAAUUUUAUGGUAAGAAACAUUUUUAUGAUUACAAAAUAUCACAAAAAAGCACAUAGAAAUAUAUCCCUGGUGUUAUAAAUGAGGCUACUCAGUCACUCGAAGGCUGAGCAAACUUUAGUGGGAUGUCCGUCUGAGGCCGUGCGAGAGUAGAGAAGACUACCUAGUGUUUGGGUGUCAGAGAGCACGUCUCAGACACACAGUUUCCUGUUGUGUGCCGCGUGUGAGUGCAGCUUUGGAGUUCACGUGUGAAAAUGGCAUCACUCAGCAUGGAUGAACUUCCACCUCCAGUCUGUAUGACUAAGUGGGUUCUCUGUUAAUAUAUUUGUUUCCACUGAUAUUACAUUUAUAGUUACAAUUCAGAGGUAAUUUAUAAGUUAUAAAUAAAUUCUCAAGAUUCAUGCUGGAGAAAUAUUUUUUUUUAAUGUGGCUUCAUUGUGUAAUUUGGCUUUUUCUGCCAAAAACUGCCAGAAUAUAUAAUGUAUGCAAUUUGUAGUGAGGAAAACAGCAGCAGCCAAUGGGAUCUUUGCUACUGAAAUACGCAAUGAAGGGACUACUGACGACUUUAUGUGGCUGGGAUUCAGUUUGGCUUGCAGAAGCUAAAUUUGUGCGUGAAGUUCUUCUUCGGUUCUUCUUUACUUAAAUCUAUUUUAUUUCUUACACUGAAAAUAAACAGUUUAUUAAAUUAUGCAUUAAAAAAAGUGUUUCCUCAAAGGACGGUUGUACAAACAACACGCACAUAAAUGAGAAACAGCAGAUUUUUUGUGAGACCCUCCUAACUCCACACAACUCUGUUUCUUCUGUUCAGCGCCGACACUUCUGGUCACCGUUGAUUCAUGUUCAUCUUUCAGUAGGCUGUAUUAAGAAAAGAGUCGAGUCCAAUCACACGUCACGUGGGAUUUUCCUCUGUAUGUGUGUGUCUGUGCGUGCAUUUGUCUGUCCCAUCAGUGGACUUGCCAGAGAGCAGUGCUAUCUUUACUCUGCUGAGAAAUAAAAUGGUCAUUAUCCUUCUUUUCCUUCGUCAGAACCUGCACCCAGAAAAGGAUUUUCCUUUCUGUUUCAGCCCUCGUAUAUGCCGGCUUCCAUGUGAGAAUUCCCAUCCAUGAGUCUAUUUGUGACCCGCUCUCACCUGCUGACCAAACCUCAGUCAGAGUUGGUCAGCAGAGGCAGGACGUCCGAGUGGAAACUGUCCUUAGUGGGGAAUCUAUUUUCACAUCCGAUCACAAUUCCCCUUUCUUAGUUCAUUUGUGCAGUGUCCAACAACAAGCAUCUGUUACUGGAACACCACACGCUUAUUUCUUUUUUUUCUAUUUGACUGUCAGAGAGGGAAUCAGGAAACUGCUGAUGUUCUUCCCCAUCCUCAAAGCGCGUCAGAUAAAUGAAAUCCAUCAAAAAAGCCUGCUUUGUGUGGGAGGCUCCUCCAACCCUUUGCAGAUGUGUUUGGCUGGAUUAUAUCAAGUGUAAAUCUGUUGUCUGUGAAUCGUGCCGAGCCGUCUGUCGAAAACUACAACAAGACUUGUGAACCGUGGCGCUUUCUGUUUCUCAGUCGCAGGUGGUAAACUGCUGGUACACACAGCUGUAUGUGACGUUUGCAGUGUCGUGUUGCGUUAUUUGGGGGGUGGGUGGGAGACUGCUGAAUAAUCCAGAGAUGCUACUGUACGUGGAAGAGGGCCUUUUUGUGUUGCUGUUGGGUGGGUUCGGGGUCACGAUGCUGUGCCCCAUGGGAAGUGAAGUUCUCAGUAUAUUUACACGUCUCUAAAGCCUCUGCUAAAGACUGAUGACUGUUCAUUUAGAGCUCAAUGAAUUUCUAUAAAUAUUUUAAAUUGCUCAAACUGAUUGUGUGCAAUUGUAAUGAUGGAAAUUCAAUUAAAAGAAG